AUGGCCGCAGAGGACGUCGAUGCGAUGCUGGUGCUGGCUAGCGCCUUCGUCGAGCAGGAGGAGACGCUGCACGAGGUGCGCAGGGAGGUGUACGACAAGCUCGUGGAAGAGGCAUGGAGGAUCGCCAUGCGGACCAGGCACUACCUGACCACCCAGUGCCUGGACACGCCCUGCGACUCCGCGUGGAUGAUGUUGUACACGCGCGGAAGCGACAUCAACUUCCUAAACGCGACGAGCUUGACCAGGUGCGAUCCUACUUACUAUCUGAAGUUGCUGCGCUAUAUCUAA